GGGGCUGGCCAUUCAGCCCAGUCGCCAUCGUGGUCUCACAUGGCAAUUGCUGUGGGCUAUUUUCCCCUCUGGGGUCUGUUUCUCAUCUUUCAUUGUGGCAGCCUCAUGUCCAGACAUGUCCCACAACCAAUCAUGGUGACAACCAGCUGUCAUGGCCUUGCUCCGACACGCAGAUGCAUGGAUGUCCCCAUCUCUCUUCCUUCAGAUGAUGAUCACCGUGGGAAGAAAAAACGGCACUUGUGCGUCUGGCGUCGACACCGAGGAGGAUGCUUGAUUCUGCCUGGCAGCCCCACAGUCCACAUGCCUGACCUGGUUCAAGCAUCCUCGGGGACCUGGAGUGACCCGGAGCUUGUCCUCUCCAGCUGGGCCGACUUGGCCACAGACCCAGCAGUCACCCUGACAACAGACGCAAUUGUCCCCUUAGAAAUGGAUCCAACUGCCACCUUGGCAAAGGAUACAAUCAUCACUUCGAUGAAAACCAGAAAAACCCGGUCUUGGACACGGGUUCAAGCUCACGUCAUUAGAUCUCAAACCCAGACCGAAAGUUGGAAUCAACCGAGGACCCGAAUGGAGACAGAGCUGAUUCCUCCCUGGAACAGCCCAGAGUCGGUGCUGGCUUGGGAGCAGCCGGCAUUCGGUCACUCCUCAUUCUGGAUUCAGUCAGGGAGUGUUCAGGAGCAGGAAAUCCCAGAAACUCUCCAACCGUGGCAAGUUCUGGAAACAUCUGAAGUGGGACCCACUGAAUCACGGAAAAUUCUAGAAACUGAUGAGCAAGCCAUUCAUCUGUGGAACAUCAUGGAAACAUCUCAAAUUGUUCAAUCAUCAAAAAUUUUAGAAGCUAACGAGGUGGGAACUGUACAACCUUGGAAAAUUCUAGAAAUGUCUGAACAAGGCAUCCUUCCAUGGGAAGUUCUGGAAACAUCUCAAGUGGAUAUUGUUCAGCCAUGGAAAAUCCUAGAAAUGUCUGACAUGGGAAAAGUCCAUCUGUGGAACAUGUCAGAAACUUUGCAGCCAUGGAGAGUUCCAGAAACAUCCAAAGUGAGAGUUAUUCAACCAUGGGAGAUCCUAGAAACUUCUGAAACUGGAACCAUUCAACUGUGGAAAUUGCUAGCAAAUUCUGAACUGUGGAAAAUUUUGGACACAUCUCAAGUGGAUCAUGUUCAGCAGCAGAAAAUUCUGGAAAUUUCUGACGUGGAAACCAUCCAUCCUUGGAAAAUUCCAGAAACGUCCUACCUGGGUCCCAUUCAACUGUGGAACAUUCCAGAAACUUCUGAUGUGGGCUUUGUUCCCCUGGGGAACGUUCCAGAAACAUUUGAAGUGGGAACUGUUCCACCACAGAAAAUUGCAGAAACAUCCAAACAAACUAUCUACCAGUUGAAUAAUCUGGAAACAUCUCAAGUGAGUCUCAUUCAACCAUGGCAAAUUCUAGAGAUUUCUGAACCAGAGAAAAUUCUGGAAACUCCUGUAAUGAGAAGCACUAAAUUAUGGAAAAUUCUAGAAAGUUUUCAGGUGGGAACCAUUUCAGUAUGGAAAAUUCUAGAAACUUCUAAACCAGUCAUUGGUGUGUGGAAAACUCCAGAAACUGCUCAAUCAUGGAGCAUUUCAGAAAUAUCUCCAGUGGGAACUACUCCACCACAGAAAGAUUUGGAAACUUCUGAACUGGGAACCAUCCAUCUGUGGAAUGUUCCGAAAACAGCUGAGUUGGGGACCUCUCAACUGCAAAAACAUUUAGAAACUUCUCAAAUCGGAGCUGUUCAAUCAUGGAAAAUUCCAGAAACUUAUGAACCAUGGAAAAUUCUGAGAACAUCUCAAAUGGUACCUGUUCAAUCAUGGAACAUUCUGGAAACUUCUCAAAUAGGAUCCAUUCUCCUGUGGAAAUUUCUAGAAAUAUCUGAACCAUUCAAAGUUCCAGAAACUUCUCAAAUGGGUUCUGCCCAUCUGUGGAAGAUUCCAGAAGCACAUAAAACAGAAACUGUUGGGCCACCAAACAUUUUAGAAACUUCUGAACAAGCCACUCAGCUAUGGAAGGUUCUGGAAAUUGCUAAACCACAGAAGAUUCUACAAAUGCCUCAAGUGGGAAUCAUUCGACCAUGGAAAGUUUUGGAAACCUCUGAACUGGGGACCAUCCAACAGUGGAACAUUCUAGAAACGUCUGAGGUGAGAGCCAUCUAUCCAUGGAAAAUUCUGGAAACAUCCAAACUGGGUACCAUGCCCCUGUGGGAAGUUCCAGAAGCAGCUGAAGUGAGAACCGUUCUACCACAGAAAAUUGCAGAAACAUCUAAACAAGCAGUCCAUCUGUGGAAUAAUCUGGAAAUAUCUCAAGUGAGUCUCAGUCAACCAUGGAAAAUUCUAGAAACUUCUGAAUCAGAGAAAAUUCUGGAAGCUUCUGUAAUGGGAAACACUAAAUUGUGGAAAAUUCUAGAAAGUUUUCAAGUGGGAACCAUUCCCCUAUGGAAAAUUCUGGAAAUAUCUGAACCAUUCAAAGUUCCAGAAACUUCUCAAAUGGGUCCUGUUCAUUUGUGGAACGUUCCAGGAACACAUCAAGUGGGAACUGUUGGACCAUCAAACAUUUUAGAAAUUUCUGAACAAGUCACUCAACUGUGGAGAAGUCUGGAAACUUCUAAACUAUGGUACAAUCCAGAAAUGUCUCAAGUGGAAACUGUCCAUCUGUGGAAAGUUCCAGAAACACCUGAGGUGGGAAACAUCCAUCCAUGGAAAUUUCUGGAAACAUCCCAACUAGGUCUCAUUCAACUGUGGAAAGUUCCAGAAACUUAUGUGGGUUUCAUUUCCUCAUGGAAAUUUCUGGAAACAUUUGAAGUGGGAACUGUUCCACCACAGAAAAUUCCAGAAAUAUCUGAGCAAGUUGUCCAUCUGUGGAAUAUUCUGGAAACUUCUAAACCGUGGAACAUUUCAGAAACAUCUCGGGUGGGAAUUGUCCAAUCAUGGAAAGUUCCAGAAAUUUCUGAAAUGGGUCUCAGAGAGCUGUGGAAAGUUCCAGAAACUUUUGAACCCCGGAAAAUUCUAGAAGUUUCUGAAAUGGGAACCAUCCAACUCUACAUCCUGGAACCAGUUGGAAGUCAGUAUGACAAGAUCAUCUACAACCUGGAUCCAACCAGAACCAGUUAUGACCAAGCCAGCUACAUCCUGGAAACUGUUCGAAUCAAAUACAAUGAAGUCAGCUGGGCCCUGGAACUGGCUGCAACCAGCUGUGAGCUCGAGUGCCUCCUGGAGCCAGGCAGAACCAGAAGCGACCAGAUCUUUGCAUCCCAGCCUUGA